AUGAAAUAUGAUAUACCCUGGUCAAAACAAUAUGGAAAACAAUCUGGUAUCUAUGGCCUAUUUGAAUUUGACACACCCGUCCUAACCGUAUGCGACUUUCAAUUGGCCCACAAAAUACUGGUCAAACAUUACGACCAAUUUGAUCGAUUGGAUUUCAAUUGGCCGUCGGAAAUGUCCAAAUGUAUAUGUUUUCUCAAUCGUGAUAUUCAACGUUGGAAACAAGUUCGGUCAAAGACAACCAUACUGUUCAAUACGGCCCGUAUGCGCAUAAUGUACGACCAGGUCAUAGACCAGUGUUCGGCAAAUUUUUGCCGACAUUUAUCGGAAAACAUUGGACCGGAUAAACAAUUUUCAAUUAAAUCGGAAAUAUCUCGACUAUGUUUGGAUAUAUUUCUGGCCAAUGCAUUCAGUUUGGACAGUCGUAUGGGUAACUAUGGCGACGACAACGAGUCGGACGAGCGGCAAAAAUAUUGGUCAAUGAUGUCCGUCGGUCUCCAACUGGAAGGUGAAGUAUUGUGGCGUGAAUUGAAUGUCCGUAUGCCUGGAUAUGUCCAACGGUUGGCCAAUUGGUGGACGGGUAGUAAUUUAGAUAAAUCGUUUGAUAAAUUAGAAAAAUUGAUUAGCAGUUAUGUUGUCCAGCGAUUAGUGGACAAUGAAAAUAAUCGGCAAAUAAAUGUCGGCAAUGAUGAUGAUGAUGAUGAUGAUAAUGACCACAACAACGAUAAUAAUAAUAAAAAUUUAGAUACUGUCGGCUUGUAUUUAAAAUUGGUCGAUAAAAAUGUUAGCGUAUCGGAUCCGAUAAGUGUCCGAUUUUUAUCCUACUAUCUGAUACUACUAUUUCAGGGACUACUAAGCGGUAUAACCGAAAUACUAAGCGAUAUGAUUAUACAUUUGGCCCGUUAUCCUAGUGUACAGUCAAAACUAUUUGACGAAUUGGUGGACGCAUUAGAAACUAGUGGUGAACAACUAGUGGACGACAUAACCACAACAACAACUACGGGAUCAUUGAAUAGUCGCCGUAAGCUAUCCUAUGAUGUAUUAAUACACUUGCCAUACAUGGAUGCCGUCAUCAAAGAACUGUUGCGAUUGAAUCCGCAUGUCCUGCGACUGAGUCGGCUGUUCAGCGGUAGCCCAGCAGAUAGUGUGGCAUCAAAUCUGAUACCGGGUCUGAAACUGAAACCCGGCGACCGAUUGGAUAUCCAACUAUCGGCCGUACAUAUGUCUGAUGAACUGUUUCCCGAUCCCUAUCAGUUCAAUCCCGAUCGGUUCCUGGACCCGGUUAGCUUGCGGCGGCUAAACAAACUGGAUCCCGCUGGGCUGAUGUUUUUCGGUUUGGGUCCCCAGAUGUGUGUCGGUACCCGUUUGGCUAUGCUUGUUAUUAAGUCAUCGUUGGCCCAUAUGCUCUACAAUUUUCAACUAUAUAUACCGCAUAUCGAUGACCGAUCCCGACCCGAAUGGUGCGACCAAUUUGAUAAUAUACCCGAAUAUUUUUAUGAAAAAAAAUCUUACUAA